CUCCUCCACCUGAAAAUUUAAGAAAAAGACAGAAGAAGAAAAAAGCAAACCCCUAAAUUAGGGUUUCUCUCUUUACACAAAAACAGUGUCGCUCUCUCUCUCUCUGAUUCUCACUCAUUCGCUCUGCAAACUUAUCUGAUAAUCAAAUCAAAGUCGCCAUGCCGCAAGGAGAUUACAUAGAGCUGCACAGAAAGAGGCAUGGAUACCGCCUCGAUCACUUUGAGCGCAAACGCAAGAAGGAGGCGCGUGAAGUUCACAAGCGCUCUGAGAGAGCUCAAAAAACAUUGGGUAUUAAGGGUAAAAUGAUUGCCAAGAAAAAUUAUGCUGAGAAGGCACUCAUGAAGAAAACCUUGGCCAUGCAUGAGGAAUCAUCAUCUAGGCGCAAGGUGGACGAUGAUGUUCAUGAAGGGGCUGUUCCUGCCUAUCUGCUAGAUCGUGAAAACACAACACGAGCAAAGAUUUUGAGCAACACUGUGAAGCAAAAGAGGAAAGAAAAGGCUGGGAAAUGGGAGGUCCCUCUACCCAAGGUUAGGCCUGUUGCGGAAGAUGAAAUGUUUAAAGUGAUUAGAUCUGGCAAGCGAAGAACCAAGCAAUGGAAGAGGAUGGUCACCAAAGUCACAUUUGUGGGACCAGGUUUUACAAGGAAACCGCCCAAGUAUGAGCGUUUUAUCCGUCCUUCAGGAUUGCGUUUUACAAAGGCCCAUGUGACACACCCUGAACUCAAGUGCACCUUCAACCUUGAGAUCAUUGGAGUGAAGAAAAAUCCCAAUGGUCCAAUGUAUACAUCUCUUGGUGUUAUAACCAAAGGAAGUAUCAUUGAGGUGAAUGUCAGUGAAUUAGGCCUAGUUACACCAGCUGGCAAAGUUGUAUGGGGGAAAUAUGCUCAAGUAACAAAUAAUCCAGAGAAUGAUGGCUGUAUAAAUGCAGUUCUUUUGGUCUAGUAGACCAAUAACACAGAAGAUACGAAUCAAUUUUCUGACUAAUUUAUUUUCUAGUCUUGCUCCAUCUCAAUACUGUAGUUUCUAGUUUUUACAUGAUGUCGUUGUUGCAGGGGAUAUGUCCUUGUAUAAAUAUGCCAGUUUUGUCUAUGUUUACCGAGUUUUGUGGACAUCAUGAUGCCUAAUUGUUUUUCCAGUGCCCGGGCUGGUGUUAUAGUUUUGCGAUUUGAUUUGAUGGGGUCA